GCGCGCCCUGCUGCAGACCCCGGCGGCGCCAGUGGUUAGAGUAGCAUGCAAAGUGCCAUGUUCUUGGCUGUCCAGCACGACUGUGGCCCCAUGGACAAGAGUGCAGGCAGCGGCCCCAAGAGCGAGGAGAAGCGGGAGAAAAUGAAGCGGACUCUAUUAAAAGAUUGGAAGACCCGUUUGAGCUACUUCUUGCAAAAUUCCUCCUCUCCUGGGAAGCCCAAAACUGGCAAGAAAAGCAAGCAGCAAACCUUCAUCAAGCCUUCUCCUGAGGAAGCACAGCUGUGGUCUGAAGCAUUUGAUGAGCUGCUAGCCAGCAAAUAUGGUCUUGCUGCAUUCAGGGCUUUUUUGAAAUCUGAAUUCUGUGAAGAAAAUAUUGAAUUCUGGCUGGCCUGUGAAGAUUUCAAGAAAACUAAGUCACCCCAAAAGCUGUCCUCAAAAGCAAGGAAAAUAUAUACUGACUUCAUAGAGAAAGAAGCUCCAAAAGAGAUAAACAUAGACUUUCAAACCAAAACUCUAAUUGCCCAAAAUAUACAAGAGGCGACAAGCGGCUGCUUUACAACCGCCCAGAAAAGGGUAUACAGCUUGAUGGAGAACAACUCUUACCCUCGUUUCUUGGAGUCAGAAUUCUACCAGGACUUGUGUAAAAAGCCACAGAUCACCACAGAGCCCCAUGCUACAUGAGAUGGAAGACCAUGAGAUGGACCCCAAAAGUGGAGGACAUUUCAUUUUUUUCCUAAGGGGAAAGGCUGUGUGACCUGCCAAAAAGACUGACCUUGAAUUCACCCUGGGUGUUCAGGAGACAUCGCUCAGAACUAUUGAUUCAAAGUUGGGUAGUCAAUCAGGAAGCUGGUAGCCUUCUAGAAGGGGCUUGUAUCAGGAUGGCAUCCAUAACUGUGUAGAACACAGGGAGAGUGGUCUGAACGUGGCGUGUCUCACACUGGAAAAGCCAGAAUGGGAGACUGGAAGAUACGAUGUAAUGCUAGUGGUCCAAAAGCGUUUAGAAUCAGUAGACCUGGGAUUAUGUGGCCUUAGCUAGCUGGCUGUCCAUCUUUCCUUGAAUCAGUCCACGUUACCACGUAGUGGUUUUAGUUUUAGUUUAGUACUAAGUAACAUUAAAACGUUUACUGUGUGCAAGGGUAUUGAAGUUCUUUUGCCUCCAGAUCAUGAGUACUGUUGUCUCAUGUAACUCUAAACCUGAAAUGGUCUGUGUUUGAAUUGUUAAAUGGUGUGUGUAAUAGAAUGAGUGCUGUCAUGUAGAAAACUACAGUGUCCAUGAUGAGUGCCAAACUGUCCUGAAGGCAGCUACACUUUGAAGUGGUCUUGGAAUACUUUUAAUAAAUUUAUUUUGAUAAAUAA